GGCGACGACGGUGAAGGCGAGAGUGAGGGCGAGGGCGAGGGCGAGGGCGAGGGCGAGAGGGUCGAAGAGAGUCUGGGAGAGGAUGAGUAUUGUGAGUUGGUCGAGUCGAGAAGACACACGCAAUGCUACAGGCAGGAGAGACAAAGGUCGAAUCGGACACACACGCGAAACGAGACGGGCUCGACUCUCUCGCCGUUCCGCUCGACUGACUCGGCCGGCCGGCCACUUUCUGGCGGCGGUGAGUUCGCCGUCUACCGCCUGGAGACUGACGACCCGGAGACCGGCGCCAAGGGCUCCGCGGACUCGGACGUCGGCGGAACUACACUCGGCCCGGCCGCGGCCAACUCGGCCGGCGGUCACGGGGGCCGAGCCAACGGCCGGUUGAUCAAAGGGGUCGACAGUGUCAAGCUGUUCGUGGGACAGAUUCCGCGCAGCAUGCAGGAGCGGGAGUUGCGUCCUCUCUUCGAGGCCUUCGGGCCCAUCUUCGACCUGCUCAUCUUGCGCGACAAAGUGACCGGAAUGCACAAGGGUAAGUGGAACAUGUUGACGUCCACAAUACAACUGGCAACAGGAGCACAUGCGAUGGUUGCCAGGGCCAACAAUGAGUCAAGACUGUUUGGGACGGAGGAGAAAAAUGGAAAUCCUAACCUAUCAGGCUGGAUUUAG